AUGUUAGUAGCAGCCUUAAAGCAUCAGAAGGCAUUUGAGCUAUUAGAGAUGCAAGACAAAAAAUUUGUUGAAGAAUUAAACAAGGAAAGAAGGGUACCUUCAAUUCAAGAUUGGGACUAUGCUAAGUCCAUCUUACCAUUUUUAGAGAUGUUUUACGAUGCUACCCUUCACAUCUCUGGAUCCUCUUAUGUCACUAGUAACUUAUACAUGAAAGAGGUGUUUGCUCUUGGAAGGAGGAUUCAACAAUAUCGUGAUGAUGAUGAUUUGAACAUAAGGCUUAUGGCAAGUAAGAUGAAAGCAAAAUACAACAAGUAUUGGGGAAAUGCAAAAACUAUUAACAUGUUGUUGUUAAUUGUCGUAGCUCUAGAUCCUUGCCAUAAGUUGGAUUAUGUUGAGUGGUCCCUAGUUAAUUCUUUUGGUGCGGAAGUGGGCGGUGAAUUGAAGACAAAGUUUUCUUCUUGUCUUCAUUCACUUUAUAAUUUAUAUCAAGGUGCAGAUGAAGGAAACCAAGAUGAUACCCUCUCCCAACCGAGUGCAAGUGAUAAAGGCAAAGACAUUUAUGAUAUGGGGUUAUAUCGCCGAUCAACUGGUCGCAAAUCCAAUCCUAAAUCUGAGCUUGAUCAUUAUUUGAAUGAAGACUGUGAUCCAGAUGAUAAGCCUUUGGAUAUUCUAGGAUGGUGGAAGGUUAACUUGAAUCAGUUUUUUGUCCUAGCAAAUAUGGCACGGGACAUAUUGGCUAUACGAGUUUUAACAGUAGCUUCCGAGUUUGCUUUUAGUAUGGGGGGAAGAAUCAUCGAUCAAUAUCAUAGCUCAUUGAGUCCUAAGAUGGUAGAAGCUCUUGUAUGUACCAAAGAUUGGCUUAAAGGAGACUUUUGCUCUUCUCUUGCACCUGAGAAUUUCGACGAGCUUGAAAAGGUCGAGUAA